AAAUUAAAUUACUUGUCUUUGCAAAAUCCUCAGUCAAAUCGUUGGGCCGCCCACGUGCUGACCUUUACAGACAGUACACAACCCACCAGAAAUAAGCCUCCCCUCUUGCGCUUGCGCCUUGGAGAACCAACUUCCUUGGGGUGGGGCCGUCACCACAUGAUGACUCGCUUUCGCAUCGGUUUUGCUCAGUAGUGCAGUUUUGCAAGCUGCUAACUGGGAUUACACACGCCAUCGACUCAUCCGACUGGACUACCAGGUCCACAAGAUGACGUAAGCCCAAUGCUUAUACGAUGAGCCCCCGGGAACUGAAACUUGGCCACCGCGUUGAGGUAACGGGUAAAAAUCUGCAGGGCAAGGUUGCCUAUGUGGGACGCACUACUUUCGCCGCCGGACUCUGGUACGGCGUGGUUCUGGACGAGCCGCUGGGCAAAAACAAUGGAAGUGUCCACGGCAGCAUUUACUUCAAGUGUCCCACAAAUUGCGGACUCUUCGUGCGUGCCCAGCAGCUGGUGAGGAUUGCCGAUUUGCCGCAGGGAGUGGAUAAUCGAAAAACCGAUGAAAUGCAACGUGACGGGGCGAGAGCGAAACUUUCACGGCGGAGUGGCGUGGCAAAGUCGGUGGACGAGCAGGAUAACCAGAGGGAGCUGGCGGCCAGCACAUCGGGCAAGGCUAAGGCGACUGUUUCUCCUUCAUCACCGCAGCAUAGGAACAGGAACACUAGGGAGCCGGCCUUAGCAAAGACUUCUGGGAAGUUUUUGGCGGCCCAACAACAACCUUUACAGCUUCCAAAGAAUCCAAUGGAGUCUGAAGGCAAAUCGCAAGCGGAGGAGGUUUUAGAAACUAGCAUGUCUCCCAAGAGGUCAUCAGCUAAUAUGCAAUCAAGGGAGAUUUCUAAGCAGGAAUCCCAGGAGUUUCCACAGGACGCAGGAAAGGAAAAUGAGUUAGCCAAGAAGAAUGAAGAGCCCCAGAGCAGGGAAGCAUCGAUCUCAAGACAGGAGCUGACUGCCAAUCCGCUCCAGACAAGCACAAUCGGAGAGCUGCCUGCACAGAAGGCCAGUGCCCAACUGACACCGCCAAUCAUGACGUGUAACCAGAGGCGAUCCACAUCCUACACCCAGUUGAGACCCACAAGGAUCAGCCAACCCAAGCCAACCACAGCACAGGCUCAGAGCUCCACGGCGCAGCUCACUUUGGCUAUGCCGGUUCCCCUGGCUUUGGCUCCCAAACGCAGCAAGACCAGCAUGAGUCCCACGAGCUCGGUUAAACGUGCUGCGCCAGCCGCCUUUGUGGAACCGCGCUUCCUGGAGAUCCUGAGGCCUCAGUUUACACCAGGGCCAGCUCUCCGAACUCCCAGCUCGGUCGCGUCGCCUUUGGAUAACCCAGAACUUCGUCAACUUAGGGAGGAACUCCAACUGCUGAGGGGGCAAAAGAGCGAGGACAAGCUGAAGCUUCUGGAGCUGGAGCGGAUGCGGAUACACAACGAGCAACUGAUGGAGUUCAAGUCGCAAAUCAUGACGCAGCAGGUACUGCUCCAAAGGGAACUGCAGAGAUCACGGCACGAACUGAGGGAAGCCCACGAUGUUUCCUCAAAGUUUAAGAGGGAGUUGGACGAGAUAGCUGAGAGCAUAGAGCUCCUCACUCUGGACAAAGAAAUGGCGGAGGAGCGCAUGGAGACCCUGCAAAUGGAACUGGAAAUGGCUCAGGAAAGAAAUGACGAGCUCAGCCUGGACGUGGAGAUCCUCAAGGCGGAGCAGGAAGAGCAGCAGGGUCAACGCAUCGAGAAGAGUGAGAAGCACACCGGUGUAGGAGUGACUGCGCAAUCAGCCGGCGAGUUCCUUCGGCUGGAGCAGUACAACCAACGGCUCCGGGAGACUGUGGUCCGUCUGAGAGACACUCUCGCCCAGGAGAAGCAACUCGGCCAAAGGACGCACAAGGAACUUGAGACCAAGCACUCGGAAAUCAACGAGCUGAAAAGCAUUAAGGAGUUGCUUAGCAGAAGGGUGGACCACAUGGAAGUGCAGCUAAUGGAUCUGAAAGAGCAGGUAGAUGCCUCACUCGGGGCAGAAUCCAUGGUCACGCAGUUGGCUUCCCUUAAACUGGAGCUGGAGGAUCGCGUCAAGCUACUAGAAGAUGAGGUUAACGAACUGGAGGCACUGGAACAAAUCCAAGAGCAGCUUAUUGAAAGCAACCAAGAGCUGGAAACCGACCUGCGCGAGGAAAUCGACAAGCUGGGUGGUCAAGUCAAGAUUCUGGAGCAGCAGAAGAACGCUGCCAUGGAAAGUCUCUACGACCGCGAUGUGACCAUCAUGAAAUUCCGGGACCUGGUCAGACAGCUGCAGGAGCAACUCCAGCUCCGGGCAGAUGGCACCCUGUCCAUCGAGGACUUCAGCAGCGCCAACGAGUCCCAGCAAGAGGAGGGUUCCAAUCAGAGUCAGACGGACUAUCAGCACAUUUUCAGCGUGAGCAAGGCUUACGGCAGGGCGCUGGAGCAGCAGAUCAAAACGGUGGAGCUUAGAUUGCAGCGACAGCAUCUAGAGCACGUCCUGGCCUUCGUGCCCGAGCAGUUCCUUCUGCGCGGCGGGGAACACGAUGUGGUACUGGUCAUGCUCCUACUAGAGCGGAUGAAUGAGAAACUGAUCAUCGUGUGUCAGGCCAUCAAUGAGAAGUUUCCCACGGCCUGCGAAUUUGGACGCGAUGCCAUUUUCGAGGGCUACUCCGUGCAGCGCUACAUCUUCCGGUCGCAGUGCCUAUACUUGCUUAAGAGUCUCCAACUGGUGCUCCAGCAGUUCCGCCACGGACUCAACCAUUGCGCCUACGAGCUGUGCACACAUGCGGCCAUUUACAGAAGCGAUCUGGAGACCCAGGAGCAGCAGCUGGACGAGUUUGUGCGGUUGCUUAAGACUGGUCAAUUGGACGAGCAUUCGAACUGCGAACCGAUUCGGCGAGUUCUUCACUAUGUUAGUGGACUGCAUCAAAAUCUGAUGCCACCGCAAACGCUUGUGGAGCUCCUGGACGAACAGCAGCUGUACGAAGCCCUGAUCGAAGUCUAUGAAGCGGGCUUGGAUGCCGUGAAUGCAAAUGCGGGUCUGAUGCACACCAUUAUACAACUGGGCCACGAGCAGACCGCUUCCUUUAAUUGCAUGCAGUUGCUAAUGGAGCAGAGCUGUGCUCAAAAGCAGAAGCUAAAGAAGCUGCAGAGGAAACUGGGAGGUAGCAAAACGGCUUACUGGACGGGAAUGCAGUGUGCUCGAUACCAGAGGAUUCUUGAGGCCAAUGAGGCUCUGGGAGCUCUUAUCCGACUGCUGGGCUCUACUGCCCGAGAGGCCAGCAGGGACUCCAAUGGCGGAAUAGCCCACGAAAAGUUGUGGAGGAUUCUGGUGCUUAACUACAACAAGUUCGCACCAAGUCAGGAGGGCGAGGAGCCUAGGGAAGUGGACGCCUACAGCCAGCGGUGCAUGCAACUGCUGGAUGAGCAGUUGGAUGAGCUCUUUACCCUGCUGGAGUCUACUGACGUGAAUACGGAAUACGUGCGCCAUGCGACUAGCAACACUUUGCAGGAGCGGGCUGCCCAGGUGAAGCGACACUACGAGGACGUGAAGAACCUGGAGCUAACUGUUGCCGAGCGAGACAAGGAAAUCAAAGGCCUCAAGUACAUGGCAAAGAUGAAGCAGCAGGACUUCUCGGAGCUCCAGGUUCGCAAGGAAAUGGCGGAGAAGCAGCUGAGCAAGCAGUGCCACGUGCUAGCCGGAUUCGCAGAGGCUGUGGAGCAACUGGAGCAAUCGAUUUUGGCCAAGGAGGCGGCUCUUGGACAGGCCCUGAAUAUUCUAGCGGAUAAGAUAUCCAUCCUGGAGCAGGCGCAGCAGCACUGGCAGGAGCAGCAGCAGGCGGACAGCGCCUGUGUGACCAGUACCACGAUAACUUCCAACCGGGAGAUGAACAUGCUCCAUCAGGCUCUGCGUCAGGAGAGAUACCUCAGAGUCCAGUUGCAGGGUCGGGAGAUGAGGAAGACCUUCGCCGCCUUGGAACCACUACAUGUUCCUCGAACCGAAAGCCAGGACUUGACCAGCAUGGAGAGGGACCUCCGCUCGCUAAAGAACCAGUGGCUCCUGGCCCACCUGGAAAUGGGUACUGCUGGCAGUCAGCGUCGGUCAGAGAUCGAGCUGCAGGGCAGCCGCAUGCUGCGACAUAUCUUCCAGACAUAUUGCACACAUCAUCCGUACCGGUCCAAGGACACUGAUUUUGGCCUCUUCAUUAGCGAUGAUCUGCGGAGAGCAUUCGAGCAAAAUUUCUAGUUAUACGAAUUAGUAUUCCAACUGUAUUUCGGUCGUAACAAAGGUAUAUGUGAUGCGCGGCUUAUAUAAAACAUAAAUAUAUUAAUAAUUAUUUUUACGAAAGUAGAUAUUAUAUACAUGCAUAUAUGAAAACUGUACAAUUAUAUAGUUCAUUUCGUGUUUAUCGGGCAAUAAACAAAUUUACAUUACUUAGACAAAUUACA